GAUUGGGUUGACAAAGUUAGACAAUUCAUUGAGUUUUGUGAGUCAAAUCCAAAAGUAGACAGAUUCAACGAGCAGAUGCGUUGUCCUUGUAAGAUUUGUAAGAAUAAAUAUUUUAAAGAUAUCGAGGACAAUAAGCUUCAUGUAAUGAGACAAGGUUUCACUCCUAAAUAUCUUGAUUGGGUUUGCCACGGGGAGGAACAUGGUGAUUAUACGAGCCAUCAUCGGCGCCGUAAAUCUGCUCGUACCUUUGUUGAAACCGAAAGGGCAGAAUACAUGAAUAUGGUGAUUGAUGCUAUGGGGCCUUCCUUUAAUCCUAACGUUCCAGUUGAGGAGGAACCAAAUGCUAGUGACAAAAAUUUUUUUGACAUGCUAAAACCCGCUGAUACUGACUUAUGGAAAGGUUGCACUAAAAUGUCCCAACUCUCGAUGGUUGCAAGAUUACUCAAUAUUAAGGCAGAGCACAAUUUGUCUGAGAGUAAACCAUUCCGCGAGUGUACACUUAAGGCAUAUGAUGUUGUUCAUUGCAGGAAAUAUGUCGAUUCAUUACGUGACUCAAAUCCUGACAUUACUGAUGAGGCUUUACUGUUGCAAAUGGAAGAAAGUUUUGCAUCAUGGUUUGAAAAACAUGCUUGGGAAAUUGUUGAUACACCGCAAGUUAUUCGUGAUGUAUCAAGGGGACCUCUACCCGUCGUCAGCACAUAUCCAAUUUGUUAUGUCAAUGGUUAUCGCUUUCACAUUGAGACUCACGGUGCCAAACGUGCCACGUUUAACAGCGGUGUGUCUAUUGUUGGAGAGCAUUGUUCUUACUAUGGUCGUGUAGAAGAAAUUAUCGAGGUUGAGUAUCCUGCUUUACCAAUAAAGCGUUGUGUUGUAUUCAAAUGCAAGUGGUAUGAUCCACGACCUAGAGUUGGAACUAGAGUGCACGACAAAUAUGACUUGGUUGAGGUUUUAAAAAGUGGGAUAUUCCGCAAAUAUGAACCAUUCAUCCUUGCAACACAAGCUAAGCAGGUGGCCUACGUAGAGUAUCCUGGAGUAGCUAGUAGGGCAAAAGGAGAAUGGUUAGCUGUUUGUGAUGUAAAACCACGUGGCUGGGUUGAAACCACAUCUGAUACACAAAAGCUCAAGAGUACUGACGAUUUUGCGUACUAAGAAGACGCAAGAGUGGCAGUCGAAAUUGUUGAAGUUGAACCGCACGAUGAAGCUCCACUACUUGCAGAAAUUCCACAGUUAAUUGAUCUCUAUGAAAGUGAUGAUGUUGAGAUAUUAAUUACUACUGAUGAGAGCUCUAGCGAAAAUGUGUUCAUGUCCGAUGAUGAAUUAUCAUAAAAUAGACUUUAAUACAAAAGAUGGCUGGUGGAGAUAAGGGUAAGGGUCACGCAGAGCAAACAAAGUCCAAUACUGGGA